AUGACUGAACCAAAUACUGCCCCGCUCACCAAGCUUGACCCCGCCACAACUGGCACCGCCGCGACCAACAAGGAGGACAGAGACGACCACAAACCACGAGACAGCAGGGGCUGGGAUGGCAAACUCAGAGUCGACAAAUCAGUCGUGGUGAAAUACCCGGCUGAUUCAAACGCAGACGUGCAGAGCGACGCAGAGUCGGAAGAGGAAGGGCCGCCGCCGGAUGAGAUUCAAGCAGACGAAGACCUCCUGGACGAUGUUCCGGACGACGAAGACGAGAUAGAGCUUGUGCAUUGCAAGGUGGGGGACAUGGCCUCACUGCGACUGGAGAGGUUUAAACAAAUCAAGCGCCUCUGCCUACGACAAAACCGCAUACAGUCGAUCGAAAUUCCUACCGAUGCCGCUGCCACGUUGACCGAAAUCGAUCUCUACGACAACCUCAUAUCACACGUCAAAGGCCUCGAAGCUUUCACCGAGCUUACGUCGCUUGAUCUCUCGUUCAACAAGAUCAAGCACAUCAAGCGCUUAGACCACUUGAAGAAGCUCAGGGAUCUGUACUUUGUCCAAAACAAGAUCAGUGUUAUCGAAAACUUGGAUGGCCUGACCAACUUACGGCAGAUCGAGCUGGGCGCUAACAGGGUACGCGAGAUCCAAAACCUGGAGACUCUUACUGGCUUGGAGGAGCUGUGGCUAGGCAAGAACAAGAUCACGGAGAUCAAGGGCCUGGAUACCCUCACCAAUCUUAAGAUUCUCUCGAUUCAGUCGAAUCGCCUGCGCACAAUAUCCGGCCUCGACAAGCUCGUCAACCUGGAAGAGCUGCACAUCUCGCACAACUUGCUUACCUCGUUGGACGGACUCGAACACAACACCAACCUCCAGGUCAUCGAUAUCAGCUCGAACCCAAUCGAACACCUCUCUGGUCUGAAGACACUCACGCAUUUGACCGAGUUCUGGGCAUCGAACUGCAAACUUAGCAGCUUCGCCGAGGUGGAAACGGAGCUCAAGGACAAGGAAGAGUUGGAGACUGUGUAUUUCGAAGGCAACCCUCUGCAACGGGCGCAGCCAGCACUUUACCGCAACAAAGUACGGCUGGCUCUGCCGCAGAUCAAGCAGAUUGAUGCGACGUAUGUGAAACAAGUGUAG